GCCAUAGGACGCGCUACCAACAUCAGGCUAAUGGAACGUGAAGUAUGGCCUUUUUGACCGAAAAUACAUCUGUUGUGGACCUGGGAUGCUUUCUGAUGAAGACAACUAAAGGUUACGAGACCAUGCCGGAUUUUGAAGACUUAUUGGCUUUUUUCAAUGAGGACAAUUUCACAGAUUAUAAUAACUCUGUAGACACCAGCUAUGUCGUGGAUGAAAUGGUGAAUCUGUGUGCCAAAACUGAGGUAAACAGAUUUGGAGCCAAGUUCAUCCCAACAUUCUACACCAUCAAUUUCCUGCUGAGUGUGGUUGGGAAUGGGCUGGUUCUAUGCAUUAUCUACAAAUACGAGAAGCUCACUUCCGUCACGAACAUCUUCCUCCUCAACCUGGUCAUCUCUGACCUGCUGUUUGCGUCCAGUUUGCCCUUCUUGGCCACUUACUACUCCUCUGAGUGGAUCUUUGGCCCGUUCAUGUGCAAGCUGGUGGGCAGCAUGUACUUCAUUGGAUUCUACAGCUCCAUCCUCUUCCUCACUCUCAUGACCUUUGACCGAUACCUGGCUGUGGUCCAUGCCAUUAACGCUGCCAAACAGAGGAGGAAGAUCUACGCCUGCGUCUCCUCGGCAGUUGUGUGGUGUAUCAGCCUUCUGGCCAGCGUCAAGGAGUUAGUUCUGUACAACGUCUGGAAGGAUCCUCAGUACGGACACCUUUGUGAGGAGACAGGCUUCUCCAAGGAUAUCAUGGACAAAUCGGGAGCUGGUGGGUUACUAUCAGCAGUUUGUUAUCUUCUUUCUGCUUCCUUUGGCCAUGGUCAUGUACUGCUAUGUUAGAAUCACAGUCCGAGUCAUGUCAACCCGAAUGAGAGAGAAGUGUAGGGCAGUCAAGCUGAUUUUUGUGAUUGUAUUUUCAUUUUUUGUGUGCUGGACCCCAUACAAUAUUGUGAUACUGCUGAGAGCCCUCCAGAUGUCCACCAGUCAUAGUUUUGAGCCGUGCUCUGAUGUGCUUGACUACGCUCUGUAUGUGACUAGGAAUAUAGCAUACCUCUACUGUUGUGUAAGCCCUGUCUUCUACACGUUUCUUGGGAAAAAGUUUCAAAGCCACUUUA